AUAGAGAUGGUGAAGAGAUUCAAGGUGUGGGCCUACAGGGAAGGAGAGAAGCCAUUGGUCCACUGUGGGCCCAUGAGUUACAUCUACUCCAUCGAGGGCCAAUUCAUCGACGAGAUGGAGAGGGGGAAGAGCACCUUCAUGGCUCGCCAUCCUGAUGAGGCGCAUGCAUUUUUCCUCCCUAUAAGUAUUACCAAGAUCGUAAACUUCUUCUACAGGCUUGACCCAUGGCACUUCCCUUUACUCCCAAUCUUCACAGAUUAUGUCAAUGUCGUCGCAACAAAAUACCCUUACUGGAAUAGAAGCAGUGGAGCAGACCAUUUUAUGCUCUCUUGCCAUGAUUGGGCACCAGAGAUCAUAAAGAAGGACCGUAAGUACUUCAAGAACUUUAUCAGGGUGCUAUGCAAUGCUAACACGUCCGAAGGAUUCAUUCCUACAAGAGACAUCUCACUGCCGGAAUAUAACCUGAAAGGUUAUCCUGAGCACACGCUCGGCCCGCCCCGCCUCGGCCUGCCGCCUAGUAAGCGCACAAUCCUCGCCUUCUUUGCAGGUGCCGCCCACGGAGACAUAAGGAGCAUGUUGUUCGAGCAUUGGAAGAACAAAGACCAGCAAGUCCAAGUAUAUGAGAAGCUUCCCAAGAAGAAAAACUACCACAAAUUGAUGGGACAAACCAAAUUUUGCUUGUGCCCAAGUGGGUCGGAAGUGGCAAGCCCCAGGGUGGUUGAGGCAAUGUAUCAAGAAUGUGUUCCGGUGAUCAUUUCUGACUUCUACACAUUACCCUUCAGUGAAGUUCUUGAUUGGAGCAAGUUUGCAGUAUUUAUUCCUCCAAAAAGAAUACCAGAAAUUAAGAUGAUCUUGGAGGGGAUUUCACAGAGGAGAUAUUUGAUGUUGCAAAAGAGGGUGAAACAAGUAGCAAGGCAUUUUGAGCUGAAUCGACCAGCCAAGCCAUUUGAUGUAAUUCACAUGGUGCUUCACUCUGUAUGGCUUAGAAGGCUUAACAUUAAGCUAACACAUAAUAUUCACUGACAACAAAUAUUGUGUAUAGAUUUUCAUAGGUAAAGAAGACAAAACAUAACUAGAUGAAUGAUUUUGUUUUUCUCUAACAUCACUAAGCUAAGAGAAAUGUUAU